ACACUAAUAGUGCGCCCUCAAUCACUCUUGAAAAUAACAAAAAGUUACGGGCAGAGAAAAAGUCGUAUAUCUUUUUUAAGAAAAAUUCUGGGAAUCCAUCACCAUUUUUUAUAAGACUGGAAUCAUAGUCUCUCUGGGUAUAUAAAUAUACACACACACGAAAAAUUCCUCCCACUUUGUUUCGACUCUCUCUCUCUCUCUCUCUCUCUCUCUGCGGAAGAGCAAGAGCAAAAUGGGGCAGGGAAGCUCCAAAGAAGACACUGGUGUUGCUUCAGCUUCAGAGUCGUCCUCCAAAGCAGGAGGAGGAUCCAGUCGGUCUCGCCUGAAGCAGCGACUGCACCGUCGUCGACGCCGGAGUCGCUCCAAUUCCUCGUCUCAUCACAAAUGCCUCGCCGCCGAGGAUUUCGUCGGAAUCGCUCUCCUCACCCUCGUUCGAGCUGAAAUGAAGUUCAAGGACAAGUGGCUCGCCUGUCUUUCCUUUGGAGAGCAAACCUUUCGUACACAGAUCUCUGAUCAAACAGACAAACCUGUUUGGAAUUCUGCAAAGAAGCUUUGUCUGGACAAAAAUGGGCCUCGUUUUGCAAGGAUCUCAGUGUUUGAGACGAAUAAAAUGUAUAAGAACACUCUGAUAGGAUUUUGUGAGAUUGAUCUACUUGAAUUUCUAACCAGGGAAUUAGAAUCCGAUUCCAGUUCCGAGUGUGAGACAUUGAACCUGUUAGAUCCAUCAUCACCAGACAAAGUUGUGGGAGAAAUAUCUGUUUCAAUAUCUGUUGAGGACCCAAUUGAAACAGAAAAGAGUUUUGCAAGACGCAUUUUAUCCCUAGUGGACUACAAUGAAGAUGGACACCUUUCAUUGUCUGAAUUUUCUGACUUAAUUACUGCUUUUGGGAAUCAAGUGGCAGUGAACAAGAAAGAGGAGAUGUUUAAAGCAGCUGACAAGAACAGGGAUGGUGUUGUUAGCAUGGAUGAGUUGGCUGACCUUCUUGCCAUUCAACAAGAAAAGGAACCAAUAAUCAAUUGCUGUCCUGUUUGUGGCGAGACUCUUGAAGAUUCUGAUACGCUGAACCACAUGAUUCAUUUGACCCUAUGUUUUGAUGAAGGAACUGGAAAACAGGUUAUGACUGGAGGAUUUUUGACAGAUAAACAGGCUAAUUAUGGGUGGAUGUUUAAGCUUAGUGAAUGGGCCCAUUUUUCAUCCUAUGACAUUGGUUUAAACUCUGGAUCAAGUAGUUCCCAUAUUCUGGUAUUUGAUCGGAAGACAAAGAGACUUGUGGAAGAAUUGAUAGAUGGAAAGAUUGUCUUGUCAAUGAGAGCCAUUUACCAGUCAAAGCUAGGGCUUGGCCUUCUGGAUACAGGGGCUAAGGAGCUCUUGCAGAACAUCUCUGAAAAGCAAGGGAGGAAAAUGAACUCUCUGGAAUCUGCUAAAGAUAUACCAAAAUUCGUCGAAUUUUUUAAGGAUCAACUCAAUUUGGCUGAAAUGAAGUACCCCUUGGAACAUUUUAAGACAUUCAAUCAAUUUUUUGUGAGAGAGUUAAAGCCUGGUGCAAGACCAGUUGCCUGCCCAGAACGUGAUGAUGUUGCCGUCUGUGGUGCAGAUAGCCGUCUUACAGCAUUCAGUUCUGUUGAUGACAGUCUAAGAUUUUGGAUUAAGGGUCGGAAGUUUUCAGUUCAAGGACUUCUGGGGAAAGAUAUUUGUUCCAGUGCUUUUAUUAAUGGAACAUUGGUUAUCCUUCGUUUGGCACCACAGGAUUAUCAUCGUUUUCAUAGUCCUGUUUCUGGAACUGUUGAGCAGUUUGUAAAUAUACCUGGAUGCCUAUAUACGGUUAACCCUAUUGCUGUUAAUAGCAAGUAUUGUAAUGUCUUCACUGAGAAUAAGCGAGUAGUAUCAAUUAUAUCAACGACAGAGUUUGGAAAGGUGGCUUUUGUUGCAAUCGGUGCAACUAUGGUUGGCAGCAUCUCCUUUUUAAAGAAGGAGGGAGACCAUGUUAAGAAAGGAGAUGAGUUUGGAUAUUUCUCGUUUGGUGGAAGUACUGUGAUUUGUGUUUUCGAAAAGGAUGUGAUUGAGAUAGAUGAGGAUCUCUUAGCAAAUAGUUCCCGAUCACUAGAGACCUUGGUUUCUGUUGGGAUGAAGUUGGGUGUGUCAAAAAAACAAGCCAACAUUGAGUUGCCAGACUUACAUAACUGUGUGUUGCAAGAUUGAGAGAGGUUUCAUUCUUUGUACUAUUGAAAUUUAUCGACACCCUAGAGUUUUCUCAUACUUUUGUCAACUAAUGAUAUGACAAAUAAAUAAAGUUCAGAUAUGAGUAAAUGAAAUACCUUCAGCCGGCUAAAAUGUUGGAAUUUGA